AUCAAGUCUUGAAGUAGGUAUAAACCAUCAUAUUAAUGUCUCAUCAAAUAUGUAGCUGUCACAAUUUAAUCUGACGAGUGCAGAGAUUUCAGCUAUUCCUCCAUCAACAUUCGGCUCAACUAAUUAAGUUCUUCAUAUUGUUGAACUCUGAAAUAUCCGUAAACGUAUGCAUAGCAUCUUAGAAAAACAAAUUUCGUUUUAAUUCUAUCAAUUAAUUACAAAAUUGUGAUGCAUCUUUCUACCAACACUGAUAAAAUUAUUUUAUUAAUUAUUGGUCUGUAUUUCUGUAAUGUUUCGGCAUUCCAAAAAUGUGCUGUUUUACAACAAUUCACUCACAGUAGCAGUACCAGCAACGAUUACGUUAUUCCAGAUUUAUUUAAAAUACCGGAUUUUGUCCAGGAAUAUUUCCCAGAUGGAAAUUUGGUAUCUUUCGUGAACAAUAACUACAAUUUAAAAAUAAAUUCUGAAUGUAGUCUUUCACUCUGUAAAGAAAAGUACUUUGGUGGGAGCUGUGUUAGUUUUACGCAACAUGCACAAAAUGUGAACAAUUUUGGCAAUAUAUCGUCUGGAAUUUGUGAGUGCAAAAAAGAGAAUUGUGACUGUUCUAUAAUCCCAGUUAGGAAGGAAAGUUGUGCUUAUGCCUUUAUCACGCCGUGCAAUUCUUGUAAUCCAGAAUACGUUGAAAUUAAAGAAGGUUCAUCACCCGUGUUCCAGGAAGCUUUUAAUUCCAACGUAAGAACCAUAAGCGUUCGUGGUGGAUGUGUUUUAAAUACAUUUGACGAAGAAGAUUUCGAAGGGGUGGAGGCAACUUUAGAUAAUGAAUCGGGUGGGGAUCCUCGAACAUGGAAUAACUCUGCUAAAAUAGGUUCAGCAGAAUGUAAAUGCAACUGGUCGAGCCAAUCCACGUUUGAUACAAAUGUCAAAAAUAACAUUUCAAUAAUUCAACUACCAAAUACAGUUCAGGACAUUAUCAGCCUUGGAGAAAGUGAACGUAAUCAUCCGGGAAUUUCUGCGGCACUGAGUUCUAUAAGGAAACGCCGAAGUCCUACCACUGCGUAUAUAUUAUUUCUGGGUUCCUCGGGAUCUGGAAAGUCCACUCUGAUCAACUUGAUGUUUGGCAACCCCACUCUUUCUCCCGUGGGUGGAUCCUCUUCGACCACGUCGGACAUUCGUGAAUUUCGCGUCUCCAUCCCACUUCCAGAGCUCGGUCUAAACAAUACGGAAAUCCACUUGAUUGACACGCCCGGCUUGGGUGAUACACGAGGACUGGAAAAUGAUGGCAAAUUUCUUGCCACUCUGUCAGACUUCUUAUCAAACCACGAUGACCUUCAAUAUUACAUUCCAAAUGUGAUAAUUAUUUGUCACAAAUUCACCGACAACCGUUUCUCUGGGGUUGGUUCCAGUUUUGUAAGAAUGUUACGGGCUCUGAAUUUCGUUUCGGAUAAAAUUACUGACGACACCUACUCAAAUGUUAUCUUUACCUUUACCCAUUUCCUCUCUGAAGUGAGCAUGAAGAAAAAUCCUGACCCAAGACUGGCAGAAUUUUCUCGAGUUAUCUCCGAGUACACCUUGUUCCCCAAACCAAUUGUAGUCACUGUUGCAGAGAACAUGGCUGCAGAACACGGCUUGACAAUGACGCACUACAAUUACUUGCUUCCAAAUGGAGAACUCUUUCCGAAAAAUAUUUAUGACAAAAUAUUCCGAAUUUGUCACAAUUCUAACGAUUCAAUUGGAUUAGCCGUAUUUGAGUCGGCCCUCCAUCAAGGGAUGCUAAAAUACCCUGAACUUUACCUUGGCUCCAAGUUAAACUCUCUAUUACCAAGAAAUGACUCGAAAACUGUCCAUUAUACAAGUAAGCUUACCGCUGCAUUGUUGGAUAUUCAGGACAGUGAAAUUUCUCAACGUUUAGCACAAACAUUUGCGAAUAUGUCGUCAGAAUAUAAAACAGGCUCGGGAAAUACUCUCCCACUAUUACAGAAGGGUUUAAAUAUUCGAAAUCUCCGAAAUUUGAGAGAUCUUCCAAAGACCAAUGUGGACAAGGCUGAGCUGUUUUCAUCUCUAAGACUUAACAAGGCUGGGCUGAUUUUAAUGGAGAAAGCCUUGCAGUUACAACCACCACCUUUUCCUACAACAAAUUCGCAUAGUUUACUUGUCGGAAAUUCUAUGAAUGUGGCGAGAGGAAAUUUCGAACCACUGUACAGUAGAGUCGUACAAAUUCAACCCGCUGACAAUAACAAGGAAUUAAUAGUAGCAUCCGAGUUGGGGUAUACGUUUCCAUCCCAUAUUAAAUAUUCUUACAAUUCCGUACCCCAAAUUGUUCAAACAUUUACGACAUUUGCAAACAUACAGGAUUAUUUUGAGAAACGAGGAGCAACGUUGGGAAUUAAGGAAAAUCUUUCAACAGUUAAGAGUACCGUAGUUCCACAAGGAAUUAAUCUCAUAUCAGAAAGCCGUAUAAAUUAUAACUACACUUUUACAGCUUAUCAAGGAAUCAGGACUUUUAAAUUGGAGCUAAAUCAUCAAAAGCUGAUUUUUGCUCCAAGCUUCGUAAAAGAUGUGAAUAAUCUGACCAAAUUUAAUGAGCAUUCGUACCGAGGGAUGGAAAAGUGGAAAGAUUUUUUUAACAAAUACGGCACUCAUUUGGUCGAUUCUGUCCACGGGGGUGGUCUAAUUACAUUGGAGUUUAAAAAAGAUAUCAAUAAUCCAAAUAUUCCAAGUGUGGAAUCCGUCUUUAAGCUACUAGAUUCUGAACAUGGUACAAAUAAUAGUUCCCUCACAGCUACUGCGGCGCUCAAUAAAGGUUAUCAUGGCCAGCAAAUUAUUGACUUGAAUAGAAUCUCGUUCCAGGAAAAACAACAGAUUUUAAAUUUGUGGAAAAAAUCCUUGCAUUCGAAGCCAACCAUUUUACCACAAAGUGUACAAAUAAUUUCCCUUGGGGAAAUUGUUGGAGCUAAAGUGGAUCGAAGCAUUGGAGACGAGAUUAAUUCUGCUACCAAAAGACUAAUCUCUGGCACUUUGAUUUACAAACCUUCCCCAAGAGAGCAACAAAAUUUACAAAUUUGUCAAAAUAAUUUGGUGGCAGCUAGAAAUUCGUCCGCAAUAAGUAAUCUAGAGGCAGAAAUUGCAUCAGUGAAGAAUAAAAUGGAACUAUACGUUCAAAAACUGCAUAACGACGGAAAACAACACCUUGCUCGAAUAAUUCCUGUAGUAGCUGAAAAGUAUGGUGGAUUAUAUACUUUAAAUUUAUUGACGGAAAAGGUAAAGGAAAGGAACAAAUGUCAGCAGAGGUUCAAAGUUUAGUGCACUUAAUUUUCGAAAAUGUGUGUUUCGUUUCAAAUGUAUAUAUUUACUUUAAAUUCUUGUCCUGCACGAAUGUGUGUUUGUACACAGCUUAAAUUAUUUGAAUAAAUUGUAUGUAUUUACUUGUACAUUGUUUACCGAAUGUGAUACCGUAGACAUAAAGUGACUUUGUUUGUUACUUUGAUAAUAAACAAUCGGAUCAUGAUUAUCCUGUGAUAGAAUUGAUAACAUGUAGACACAAACGUUUUGAUCUUCACAACAGGAAGGGCAAGAUCCAUAUCUAAAACCUCUUCAACUUGACAUUUACUUUAUUCGUGGAAUAUACGCAAGUUGUAAAAAAGAUUAUUUAAUCAACUGCAACUCAAGUAAUACAUAAUGACUGAUGGACAUCUGGAUCACGCUACAGGAUGAGUCAGGUACAUUGUGCAUACGAUUUCGCUGUGUCAAUUGGUAAUUGUCAUUGAGAUAUGAAUGUGCUUAUAACCCAUGCGGAGUCUGAAUAAAAUUGACGCUGAGUGUUUGUCUGGCUGGACGAACAAA